UCGGAGCCAAGACAGUUCUAUGGGGACUGUUUUGUGGAGUGGAAUGUGAGGGCGCCAUUAGAGGUGAUAAACGAAGCUUAUGAAGGACAAGAAGAAGAUGAACGGGAAUAUGCAGAGGAGGAGAGAAAUGAAGCUUUUGGGGUUAUUGAGAGGUAUGCGUCAUUGUCCAUGUACUACCCAAAAACUGAUACAGAUAGCUCAUACGCUGGCAAUUCACCAGUCAUCGAAAAGUGGUAUUCGCCAGAGAAUGUGCGUUUCCGGUGGGACGACAACGAAGAUGGAGAAGAGUUGAUAGAGAUUGAAUUGGAUUGCAAAAGAAAGAAAAUAAAAUAA